CAGUGAGCUGCGGUUGUUUACACUGGUUGCAAUGGCGACGAUCACUGAGCUCAAGUGUGCCGUGAGGGAAACGCUGGAGUCCCGUGGUGUCCUGGACCAGCUCAAGGCUCGGAUCCGGGCCGAGGUUUUCAGCGCCCUGGAUGAGCCACGUGAACCGCGCCCGCAGCUCUCCCACGCCAACCUGCUCCUAAACGAGCUCAUCCGAGAGUACCUGGAGUUCAACAGGUACAGGUACACGGCAUCGGUGCUUACAGCAGAGUCAGGACAACCCGAGGCUCCCUUGGACAGACAGUUCCUGGCAAACCAGCUGAAAGUUUCAGAGGAUGCAAGCUCCAAGUCUGUACCUCUUCUGUAUGGAUUGGUGUCUCACUUCCUCAACAACGGCGAUAACGGAGCCAAGGUGGUUCUCCGCGGUGCUGCCGUCGGUCACGUAGCUCCUGGUCCUGAUGUAUAAAUUGGAUGAUGCCCUGGUGACUUGUGAUGCUCAUGGGUACAAAGAGCUUUGGCAGACCCGUGGAUGACUUGAAGUUGUGUGAAACUGUGAACCUACUGAAAUCUCCCAGGUGCCUCUUGUCCACAGUGUUCAUGUUGUAAUCCUGAAGCAUUAGAACAUGUAUAAUCCAGGGUUAUUAGUUUGUGUAGUUUUUAUGAAUUGCUAAAUGAUUUCCAUAGCUGGGCCUUAUGUUUUGUGUUCAUAUAUAGAUUUUUUUCAUUUCAGACCAAUUAAGACCAGCAACUUUAGUUUCGAAGUGAUGCCACUCUAUUUAAGCUUUGUUUUCCUACUAAUUUAAGGAUCAGAUUAAGUUCACUAAUGCCUUUUCUGUUGUGUUUUACAAAUGUUUGGGGUUUUUUCACUGUUUUUUUUAAGCCUUCAAAAUAAAUAUUUUAUUUGUACACAACUUUAAAUCAGUGGAAGUGCUAUUUUUAUCGUGGUCCACUUGGUGGCAGUUUCACAUCACUUAAAGCUGAAAGCUGAGGGUUGCUCAGUCAUGUUUUCUUAAACCUGUUAUAGAGCAGUUGCUGCCCUUGUUUACCUCUGCCAUUGUAAAUAAAAACACUCUUCCAUGCCUUCCUUAUAAAAGCAUGUUUUUUUUAUUGUAAAUGAUUGUUUAUGGAGACAUGUCAAAAGGUUUGACCUACAAACAGGUAAUAUUUGAACGAUUCGGUGAAAACAUAAUAUGCCAAGUCAAUUCAAAAGUUAUCCAUGUAGCACAUUUGAAACAAGAAAUUUACCAAAGUGCGGGACAAUUGUAAUGAUAAAAAAAAAAAAGGAAUUUCAGCAAUUAAUAUUAAACUAAGAACUGAUGUAAUUAAAUAACUACACCACAGCUAAACUAACAACAAAUAAAAAGUAAAACUGUUUGAUAUGAACCCUCUCAAUUUGCAUAACUGGGUCUAGAAGCCAAUGAAAAUAAAUAGUUUUCGGGACAAUAUUCAAACAAGAUAUGAGCUGAUUUCAAAAAAGCUGUAGUGAUAUAAUUUAUAUAUAGCUGAUGUGUUGUAUCUCAAUAUUAACACUGUGGGUGAAACAGUGGCACAGAUUGUCAUUUUGUUGUUGUACCGGUAACCUAUUUUAAGCUUUAGGAACUCAAACAAAGUUAUGCAGUGUGUGAUGUGCAUUUCAUUUAAAUGUAUUUGUAAGAAUAGAUUGUUAAACCUUUUGCUUUUUGCAGAUUUUGAUCACAUGACAGUUGAAAUUGCACCUGAACAGUGACUGAAAUAACUAAGAUUACUAUGACAUGUAAACUAUCAUUGUGUCAGUAUGAAACACAACUAAGCAUCUGCACCUUUGUACCUGGGUUUGCUAUUUAUUCCAAUUUGGUUUCAUAAAGAUUUAUUGUGAUCAUUAAGAAGUACUGCCUGCACAUGCGCUUACUCCCUGUCCAGAUGAUACUGCUUACACUCUCUUUCUUGUUUGUGUAUUUUCCUAUUGUGUUCUUCGAAACCUACAAGAGGCUACAAAGUACUUACAACUUCAAUAAUUGUGUUUGUUUUCAGAUUUUCUUAAGGGUAUCAUAACAGAGCAAUCAAUUGUAUUGGAUGUUCAGAAAAGAGCAAUGAAUAAUAAGAAAACCAAAACCCUCACCCAACAAAAAUGUACUUACAACAAGAAGAAAAAUACAGCAACACAUUUAAAUUCCACACAGGAUGCAUCCCACAUCACCAGCGAGGCAUCUUCUCUAACAAGCUCACAGCAGUUGCAUUUCACCUCCAAGGAGGUGAAAUGCAACACACAAUUUACUGUGUACGGCCUUUCAUUUUUGGAUUAUCCACAACACCGUCAA